AUGCGUCCUUGGAUAUUGGAAAUUUCUCACGAAAUCCGCACCAAGGGUUCCGAAUGUAAAGAAAAUGUCGAGUACGCAAACUUGACCGACAAAUUAUGGGAUGAAAAAAAUAUUCGCAUGAUAGUUGAAGCGUAUAUGAGUUCUUUAUCGAAUGAACAUGCCAGUUUCUUUGGUCGCUUGGACUCCGUGGCUAACGGACCUUUUGUGGUCGAUAAGAAGUUAAUCAAUAUGUAUAACGCCAAAGAUCGUAUCUCUUGGUGGAACAAAUGGAAGCCUCUUUCUAGCAGAAAGGCUGCUAAACGAUCUUUGAACAGCUCCUCCAACUUUCAUGCUAUUAAGAAGCGUUCCAGACAGAGACGUUCCAGACAGAGACGUUCCAAAUUUAGUAGGAAUUCUCAUCGGAGCUCUGAAGCUCAAAUGAACUCUGAUGUUAUGGCUGAGGAUAACAGGAAAACAUUUCCUUGA